UCUCUGACUCCUUAUUGAGAGAAUUGAAUUCUAGGCUCGUAACCGAAAUUGAUAAGCUUAGAAGAGAGAAGGAUUCACUUAUAAGUAAAAAUACCGAGCUCUUAACUAGGAUUAUAGAAUUAGAACAAACUAUAAAAGAAGAUGCUGAAAAUACAAAAGUAGCAAAAUUGGAACAGAAUCAAUACAUCGAUACUAAUAUCAAAUUGUUAGAUGAUGAAACAAAUUCUAAUGAUACUUCUGAACAGAUAAUCUCAUGUAAUGAGGAGUCUAAUUUUGAUAUAUACUGGGAUUCA